UAUCUGUCCUCCGCUAGCCCUGUAUCAACUUUGUUAUUGUAAGAGUAAGCACACAUACCUUUUUGAUCCAGCGGCUAGCGCAUAAGGGCCUGGCCUUGAAAGCAAUGUUCAGACCAUCCCACUCGACGUGCCCCACACAGACGUGCGAACCCUUCAAUUAGUCACCAUCGAAACAAACUUUCAGCGUGGGAGCGCGCGCCAGUGGCUGGUCGUUUGCCGGGGUGGCGAGAGCAGGCAACAAACGCUCACUGUGAAGGAUGAUGGCAUCUGCGGCAGCCCCCGCAAUCGUCUCUGGCUUCGGCUUUGUGGUCAGAGGGAUUGCCAGGGCUGCCGCCGUUGCGUCUCGCCCAAAUGUCAGCGUGCGCCUCAUCGACUCAUUCAACAAGGAAGUAGUUGACGACAUCUUUGCGCACGCGCUUAAAAAGCAAACUGGCGUCAGUCUCAAGUACAUGCUGGAUUUCGGUCAGAACCCUAUUGAGAGGCAGCUCUUGUUGUCGGCGCAAUUUCUGCACAAGGAGCUUCCGGUCCGCCUUGCUCACCGCGUUGCCGAAUUGGAGAACCUGCCGUACGGUCUUUCGGCCAAAAAGCCCAUUCUACAGGUCCGCGACUGGUACGUGGAUUCCUUCCGCGACCUGCGCUCCUUCCCCCCGGUGAGGGACGCGGCGGACGAGCAGAGCUUCACUCUCAUGCUGCGCAAGAUCUAUCGCAGGCACGCCAACGCGGUCCCCGUGAUGGCCAAGGGCGUGUCGGAGCUGCGUGAGGAGCUGCGCGCGCAGCAGCGGCUGAGCGAGCUGCCCGAGAUCCACCAGUUCCUGGACGGCUUCUACCUGAGCCGCAUCGGCAUCCGCAUCCUCAUUGGCCAGCACAUUGCACUGCACGAGCCGCCCAAGCCCAGCUACAUCGGCCUCAUCUGCACGCGCUGCUCGCCCGUGCUGGUGGCGCAGGACGCAAUCAACGACGCGCGCUCCAUCUGCAUGCGCGAGUACGGGGAUGCGCCCGAGGUAUCGGUGUACGGCAGCCCCGACUUCACUUUCCCCUACGUUCCCUCCCACCUGCACCACAUGCUGUUCGAGCUGGUGAAGAACAGUCUGCGGGCGGUGCAGGACCGGUUCGGGGACAGCGACGACCCGCCACCCCCCAUCAGGUUGGUGGUGGCGGAGGGCGGAGAGGACGUCACGCUAAAGGUCAGCGACGAGGGCGGCGGCAUCCCCCGCAGCGGCCUCGCCAACAUCUGGACCUACCUCUACUCCACCGCUAAGAGCCCGGUCGACCCGCGUGUUGUGGAUGACAACGACAGCAACGGCGGCCCGGUGGUGCUGGCGGGGUACGGGUACGGCCUGCCCAUCAGCCGACUGUACGCAAGGUACUUUGGCGGCGACCUGCAGAUCAUCUCCAUGGAGGGGUACGGCACGGACGCCUACCUGCACCUCAACCGCCUGGGCACCAGCCAGGAGCCGCUGCCGUAGAAGGGGAGGGGGGUGUGGAAGCUGGGGGGAGCCGCUAGGAGGACUGGAGGAGGGGGGCGGAGGUUGGCAAGGGGGUCAUGAGGCUCUAGGCAAGGGCUGGGUAGGGUUCAUUGGUCUGUGGCUUAUUCUAGCUGUAGGGUAAAGUAGUGCCACCAAGAGUAGAUCCCACGGGCAGGUAGUGGUAGUGGCGGGGAGGUAGGGAGGCAACAUGCGCGGUGUGGUCGGGCAGGGUGUGGCGGCGGAUUGAGCGACAUGCAGCAGCUGCUUGUUGGGGUGUUGGAAAAGGGGGGGAGGCUCUGAUGGCUGUCGUGCCAAGGUGUGGCUGAUGCGUGUACGUGUGCGUGUGGGGAACGACAGCGGCUUUUCAUUUUGUUUUGAUAUCGGCUCUGGGGAUGGCUGGGGGUGGCAAUAUCGGAGGCGGGAGAGGCACGUGGGGAUGCUCGUCGGCUCGACAGGUGUGCCGAGAGAUCCAUGGGCGGGGCUGUACGGCAGUGUACAGCUACUGUACGGCUGAGGAGGCUGAUGUAAUAAGGGGGAAGGCCGAGGGUGGGAAAGCAGGGGCAGGAGCGUGGGUCGGUGGGUCAGUGGCGAUCAUCGUUCGGGCAUUGCGACCCGUGGGUCGAUGGGGACAUGCAGAUGGUGGAACAUGGGCUGCGGGGCGGAGAAGAUGAGGCAUGGGCACGAAUGGAAGUGCUGUUCAGGGGGAAGCCUCUCUGCUGAUGGAAGGAGCAUGCGAGAAUGAUGAUGGAGAAGGUUGCAGGUGUUAAACAGGAGAGCUGGGCCUGAAGACUUCUCGGUCUAUACUGGUAUAGCUUUAUAUGCAAGAGGCGCAUACAUAUACCGGUACAUGUUGGGACAUUCGUUUGCAGGAGACACCAGCGCUGCUACUACUGCUGCUGCUGCUGCUAGCUCCCGCUUGCUGCUGCUGUUGUCUGUAACAUAUGUGGUACGACACACCUGUCGUGCGAACGCCGUACACUGUAGCAACAGCACAGCAGGGGGCAUGCACUGCCGUGGUUAUUAUUAGGUUGGUGCGCGGUAAGGGGGGCCGGGGUGGUGGCAGUGCCGCAGUGGAGGAGAGCAGCAGUGGGCGGUCUAGCAGACCGCAGGAACGAUGAAAGAAUUCAACACACCGAUAACACACCACCAGGGGGGUGGCGAAUGGAGGUUGUGAUGGGUCCUUGAGACACUGUAGGUGCCCUCUGGCCGUCCACAGGGAGAGGCAUGAGAGCAGGCCCGGCGCGCCUGGACGAGUUAACUGGGACGUUGAUGGUCGGUAGGGGAUGGCUGAAGCAAGUAUGAAAGACGAC